AUGGCUCGCUCCAUUUGCUUCAUGGUAUUUCUGGUCUUGGCAAUUAUGCUCUUUGAUUCCUAUGGUUUGUCUUCAUCAUUUAUUUCUCUUAAAAGGUGCAAGCUCAGCAAAUUUGCAAAUCACAGAGCCAAACCUUCAAAGGGAUGUUUUACCGACUCGUCAUGUAGAAAAGCUUGUCGCAGAGAGGAGUUUACAGAUGGACAUUGUAGAAAACUCCUAAGAAAGUGCCUAUGCACAAAUAUUUGUGUAUUUGACAAAAUUUCAAAUGAAGUUAAAACAACUUUGGGUGGGGAAGCAAAAUUUCUAAGUGAAGCUUGGCUUGAAUAA